AUGGCAGUCAGCGCGUCAAAAGCGAUGCUUGUCAUCGCCAAUGCGUUGAUUCCUAUUGCUGUGUUACUCUUCUCCUUCGGCUAUUUUCCCUAUAAGCCUGUUAUACCGGGUAUAGCCUCGAAUUUGGACUCUGGGAAAGCUCCUGCUAUCUUUGAUAAGGUAGUUAUCAUGGUCGUUGACGCAUUGCGCAGUGAUUUUGUAUAUUCGAAUAAUUCCGGUUUCUACUUCACUCAGAAUUUGAUCCGUACAGGAAAUGCAUUGCCUUUCACAGCACACGCAAGCUCUCCGACGGUCACGAUGCCUCGAAUAAAGGCCAUAACAACGGGUUCAGUUCCAUCUUUCUCCGAUGUCAUCCUUAAUAUUGCCCAGUCUGAGAGUAUGUCGACGCUUACUCACCAAGAUACAAUCCUCGCACAAUUCAAGAAAGGACUGCCUGGGCAACUAGUUAUGUAUGGGGAUGAUACCUGGCUAAAUCUAUUCCCGGACACCUUCGACAGAUUUGAUGGAACUACUAGUUUCUUUGUUUCAGACUUUAUCGAAGUAGACAACAAUGUUACGCGCCAUAUCCCUGAUGAACUCGUGAGAGAUGAUUGGUCUGUGAUAAUACUCCAUUACCUUGGAUUAGAUCAUAUAGGUCAUAAAGCUGGUCCUAGGAGCUCACACAUGCUUCCUAAGCAAAAGGAGAUGGAUGCUGUAGUUGAAGAAAUAUUUACUGCGAUGGUGGAAGAGGAACAUCUUCACAAUACUCUUCUUGUCCUAUGUGGAGAUCAUGGAAUGAACGAAGCUGGCAAUCAUGGAGGAUCAUCUGCUGGAGAGACUUCUCCCGCAUUGACGUUCAUAUCUCCAAAGCUACGACAGCGCGCCGCCAGUGUUCAAUUUCCCACUGAAAUUUCGGAUGAAUUUCAGUACUUCAACACAGUGGAGCAGUCAGAUAUUACACCAACAUUGGCAGGGCUUUUAGGGGUACCUAUACCGUUAAAUAAUUUGGGUGUUUUUAUUCCACAUUUCCUUGACAUAUGGGAAGCAGACUCAGAUAAGCUUAGCAUUACUCUUGAGAACGCCAAGCAAAUCCUGGGAAUUAUCAAAAUGGCAUAUCCAAAAUACUCAUUCAACCCCGAAACUUCUAAUACAAACUGUUUACAGGCACAAUCCACCAUCGAAGAACUCGAAUGCGAAUGGCUUUCAAUAAUUGAACUCUUGAAAAACAACAGUGUUUCCCCAGAUAUCAUUCAAGAGGCCCUAUAUCGCUUCUUAUAUAAAGCGCAGAGUAUUAUGAGCAGUGCUGCUAGCAGUUAUAAAGUUUCAAUGUUACUUUGUGGCAGCAUUGCAGUCAGUGCUGCCUGUAUAUUGUCUUUUUUUGUCUCCCUUGGGCCCCUACGAAGGUCUGGAUUUCCUGGUAUUUUCUUGAUUGGGACAGCAGUGCUCAGUGGAGGAAUAAUGUUUGCCAGCAGUUAUGUGGAAGAGGAGCAACAAUUCUGGUACUGGAUUGUUACUGCGUGGACAACUUAUAUUCAUAUUAGAUCACUUCAACGUGACUCCUCCUCGAUAUUAUACUCUCGUGCCUUGAGCACGGCAUUUCUUGCGAUUCUCAAUCGACUUGUGCGGCGAUGGAAUCAGACUGGUCAAAAAUUCGCUGGUGAACCAGAUAUUGUACAGAAUUUCCUCUCUCUUCAACCAGUAUUACUUUGGGCCCUGAUCCUUUUGACGUAUGUGCAAAGUUUCCGUGGCUUGGUUCAGUCAUCGCCGAUCAUAGGUAAAAAAUGGAUGUCGAUUUGGAUUCCGUUAUGUGCUGCUUUAACAAUGGCCGCCUUUUCCUUCAAACUCUCGUUUACCGCGGCUGAUGCCCCGGAAAUAUUGCAUCACUGGAUGCUUGAAAUAGUACGAUCGAACAUUCUAGUCUCGUUGGUCUUACAAGCCCGAAUUGUAUUCUUGGGUAUUUCUCUGCUUUUGGCUAUUCUCGUGUAUUCGAAUUCCGCCGUCAGUUUUCGGAAAAGUGGUAUGAAUGCCUGGCAAUUUCCUCUACAACUCUUCCACGAGGCUUUGACAUUAUAUCUGAUGACACAAUCUAGAGCGACCAACAUCCCACUUUUUUUAAUGUUCAGAGCUCAAGCAUCGAUUAUCAAUUCAGUUCACAUAGCCAGCAUUGAAGCUACAGUAAAUUUCAUCUUGAUGCAGCACACGGCUUUCUUUGCCUUUGGUGGUUCAAAUGCAAUAUCUUCGGUCGACUUAUCUAAUGCUUAUAAUGGUGUCAGUGACUAUAAUGUUCUCAUCGUCGGCCUUCUUACAUUCAUAAGCAAUUGGGCAGGCCCAAUUUGGUGGAUUUCAGCAACACUUGUCCAAGAUCACUCUCCAUCUGCAAAGGCAACGGAUCGCAUAGCAUUGCUAUCGUUCAACACUACCUUUAAUCUGCUGUCAGUGAUGGCAGCUUGCACCAUGCUCAGAACCCACCUUUUUGUGUGGACAGUUUUUUCACCCAAAUUUUUGUAUAGUGUGGCAUGGGCAUUGGCAAACCAUAUUGGACUAAAUCUAUUGGUGGCCAAUGGCUUAUCGAGAUGGCUUGUUUGA